CCUGCUCUGCGGGCUGGCGGUUUCCGUUUUGUUGUGUGUGUUCAGUGGAAUCCACUCAGCGAAGACUCGGCCAGGGACCACAGUGGAUGCGGAGGGCGUUCGGUGAAAGAUUAAGGACAUUUUUAAAGGAAAUGGUUUUUUAUCGUAGCCCUAGUUUACCUUACUGUACCCUGACAUAGCCUAAUUUUAUCAAUUUAUUCACCGUUUGGCCUUCUGAAGCUUAACAAAUGGCUUAGCUUGCCAGCUCGCUGUGAUAGGCUAACUGGCUACCUCAGCUAUCAGCUGGCAGACGACGGACGGACGGACGGAAGAUGCAGACUCGCUGUAUCAGUCUGACAACCGAUUUCUGUCUGCAUAGGUUUCUACAAAGGACUCCAGCUAAAUUAUUUUACAGUAGCCAUCUGUUUUACUCAGCAGCCAGCCUGAUUAUUUAGCUAGCUGUUCUUCUCGUCGAGGUCGCUAGCCAGCCCCAUGGAGAGAAAGCAGGAGAAACUGUUUCGCGAGUGUUAGCUAGCUAGCUAUCCUGUCUAUGCUAGCUGAGCUAGCAGCCGCUUUUGCAGCUUGUUCUCGCUGUUUUUUGCAAACUGACAUCAAUUUGUACGUUUUCUAAUACGUCGAGCAAGGCAGUUGAGAUACUGGCAGAAUGGCUACUGCUUCUGGCUUUUCAUCCGGCGUGAGUGGUUCCAGGAAUGGACCGUCGUUCUCCUCCUCAGCCUCGACCUCCUCCUCCUCCGGCAUACCCGGCCAGGCACAGCCUAUGGUGGUCGUGUGGGAAUGGCAGGAUGACCUGGGCUACUGGCGGCCUUACACCGGCCAGGUGAGCUGCUUCAUCGAACAAUGCCUUCAGCAGCAGCGGGGGGCCAGAGCAGGUGGGCCUUCCGCCACUAGCAUCUCCCUGGGCCAGUGUGACCCCAGCCUGGCAGCCUACAUCAUCGACAUCCCCAGCCUGAAGCAGUUUCGACAAGACACUGGAAAGAUUCGCUCAGUGCGCCGGAGCCUGUUCCCCCAGUCCUCAGCGCUGGGCAGCGGUGUCCUCUGGGAGUGGGCCAACGACGAGGGCACUUGGACAGCUUACGAGAUCCGCACCUCCAUCCUGCUGGAGCACAGCUACCAAGCAGGACAAGCCACGGCUGACCUGGGCCCACAUGGGUACAACUACAUUGUGGACCUCACCGCACUGGAGCAGGUCAACAAGUCCUCUGGCUUCCGCCGUCAUGUUCGCAGGCAGGGCAGCGCCCCCUACCCGCUCGCCUCGGGUUCCGUCAUCCACUCGGGCCCGGCUUGCACCUGCCAGCAGUGUUUGAGCCACAGCAGCACUGCCGGCCCCAUGCCCAGCCGCUCCCGUCACUCCUUCUCAGCUGGCCAGGCCAGCCGACCCAGUCUCCAGGCUCAGCAUGGUAGGGCAGCUGUUGCCAGCCCAUCUUCUGUGUACUCACCCUAUCCCAGGAGGCCUUUAUCCAUGGGGAACAUGUCAUGGGGAGGCCCCUGGAGCCCAGCUGCUACAUCCAUGGCUCAGCCUCCAGGACCACCACCGUCCUUUUCAACCGCUGCAAAUGGCUUGAGCAUUCCUGCUAUUCCGUUACAGUUGAACGGCUCCAGCAGUGUGAGCACAGCCCUGGCAGGCAUGGCUUCCAUUUUGAUGUCAGCAGCAGGACUGGGAGUUCGCUUCAUGACUGCCCCCUCCUCUCCCCAGCGCACCUCCGGCAGGCCCAGCAAAGCCCAGGCCAGCUCCGUUAGGAGGGCAAAGAGACAGCCCAGGACAGCCACUGUGCAGAAACCUGAGGAGGUCAUUAAGAAAUACAUGGAGGAAGUGCCUGUUGUCCCUGAUGAGGACUGCAUCAUCUGUAUGGAGCGCCUGACGUGUCCCUCUGGCUACGACAGUCCAGCAGAGGGCAGCCAGUCCCUGCAGCCCAACACAGUGGGCAAGUUCACCAAGUGCGGACACACUUUACACAUGCUCUGCAUGCUGGCCAUGUACAACAACGGCAACAAGGAUGGCAGCCUGCAGUGUCCCUCUUGCAAGACAAUCUAUGGAGAAAAGACUGGAACGCAACCAAAGGGCAAGAUGGAAAUCUACAGUAUCCCCCAAUCCCUUCCUGGCCACCCAGACUGUGGUACCAUACAGAUCAUCUAUAGUAUCCCACCUGGAAUACAGGGUCCUGAGCACCCAAACCCUGGCCAACCAUACACCUGUCGAGGCUUCCCUCGCUUUGGCUUUCUUCCUGAUAACGACAAGGGCAGAAAGGUGCUGGAGCUGCUAAAGGUAGCGUGGACGCGGCGGCUGAUCUUCACCGUAGGCACGUCCAGCACCACGGGGGAGCCGGACACCGUGGUGUGGAACGAGAUCCACCACAAGACGGAGAUGAUGUCCAACGUUUCGGGCCAUGGGUACCCUGACCCCAACUACCUGGACAAUGUGCUCUCUGAGCUGGCCGCACAAGGCGUGACCGAGGACUGCCUUAAGCGAGACGUGGCGAGCCAGGCGCCUCAAAGCUCAGCCAUGUGAGCCGGCACAGCCAGCUGCGACCACGAAAACUACGCAAUCAUUAACCAGACUUGACAUUAUAGUUAGGUGUAGUAAGAUUUUGAGCAUGUGGAAAUAUUUGGUGCUAGGAUUAAGUGAGCAUUGAAAAUGAAGUCCUCU